CUCCCAUCUUCCCCAUUGUUCCACACCUCAAUCACUCUCAUCGCCAUCCUCUUCUCCUCCAACAAUCUCCAAACUCGAUCUUGUUAUCAGCAAUUCAGGAUGAAGUUCGCCACAACCGCUGGCAUUAGUGCCAUUCUGAUGGUGGCGGCUGCUGCUCUGCAGCUGGCGGCCAUGGUUUCAGCUGCCGAUUACCCCAAAGCAGAAACCGUAUGGUGCGCCAAAACCAGCCGAUGCUCCGACGCUUACGUCGACUGCCCUGCCGAAUGCGCUUCCACCACAACCCCAAACGCCAAGGGCAAGCCGAACUGCGACGCCCCAGGAUCAGCCUGCUACGACCCACGCUUCGUGGGAGGGGACGGCAGGGUGUUCUACUUCCACGGCAAGACCAACGAGGUCUUCACCUUGGUGUCCGACCCAAACUUCCAGAUCAACGGCCGAUUCAUCGGCCACAGGCCCGCGGGCCGACCCCGCGACUUCACGUGGAUCCAAUCCCUCGGAGUCCUCUUCAACACCCACAAAUUCACCCUCGAGGCCACCAAGGCCGCGACAUGGGACAGUAUUGGGCCGAGAAGAGCAGCAGUCCACGGCCCAGGCGCAGUCGAACGUCUCCUCUACGUGCACGACAAGGAUUCCUUCCUUCACUCAUGCUCACUCUCGUCCUGGUACUCCCAGGACAAGGACAUCAAGGUGGAGCGCGUCUCGAGCAAGAACAGCGUCAUCAUCUCCAUCAGGGACAAGGCAGAGAUUCUGGUCAAUGUCGUCCCCGUGACUAAAGAAGACGACAGGGUACACAAGUACAAUGUCCCCCAACACGACUGCUUUGUCCAUCUCGAGGUCCAGUUCAGAUUCUACAAGUUGUCCCCAAGAGUUGAGGGAGUGCUCGGCAGGACUUACCAGCCGGACUUCGAGAACACGGUCGCGAGGCCCGGCGUGGCGAUGCCGGUGAUGGGUGGGGAAGACAAGUACAGAACCUCGGACCUUGUCUCUGCGGAAUGUGGUGCUUGUAUCUUCUCAGAGGCAGAGGACUUGAAGAAGCAGGGGAAUGUCGUUGACUUUCCUACCCUUGACUGCACCAGGGGAGCUGCUGCUGGCUCAAUCACUGAUCUCUCCUUCUUUCUUCAAGCUCCCUCUUCCCCUGAUUUUGUUACUAGCAAGUACCCAGCGGCUAUGAAAUUCGUCGUAACUACUGGCGUGAUCGCCAUGGCAAUGGUGGUCUCAGCUUUGCAUCUGACUGUCAUCAACGUUUCAGCUGCCAUCCCUAGUUACUGGAAAACAGAAGUCGUGUUGUGCAACGAAACUUCGAGCCGUUGCAUGGGCGCACACAUAGGUUGCCCCGAGGAAUGCCCCUCCACUCGAAGACCGAAUGCCGAGGGCAAAAUUUGCCAUGUCGAAUGCGACCACCCGAUUUGCAACGCCGGGUGCAGGACGCGCAAACCGAACUGUGAUGCCCCAGGAUCGGCUUGCUACGACCCACGCUUUGUGGGUGGAGAUGGCAGAGUGUUCUACUUCCAUGGCAAGAGCAACGAGGUCUUCACCUUGGUCUCAGACCCCAACUUCCAGAUCAACGGACGUUUCAUCGGCCACCGGCCCGUCGCUAGACCCCGUGACUUCACAUGGAUUCAAUCCCUCGGAAUCCUCUUCGACACCCACAAAUUCACCCUCGAGGCCACUAAGGCCACGAUAUGGGACAACGAGGUGGACCAUCUUAAGUUCACCUACGAUGGCCAAGACCUUUCGGUCGAAGAAGGCUCUCUCUCCGCCUGGUCCUCCCAGGACAAAGACAUCGCGGUGGAGAGAGUUUCGAGCAGGAACAAUGUCAUCGUCACGAUCAAGAACAAGGCCGAGAUCCUGGUCAGUGUAGUGCCGGUGACCAAAGAAGAUGACAGAGUACACAAGUACCAAAUACCGGAACAUGACUGUUUUGUCCAUCUGGAAGUCCAGUUCAGGUUCUUCCAUCUGUCGCCGAAUGUCGAAGGAGUACUGGGCAAGACUUACCAGCCCGACUUCGAGAACGCUGUCGCGAAACCGGGCAAGGCAAUGCCCGUCAUGGGAGGCGAGGAUAAGUACAGAACCUCGGACCUUCUCUCUGCAGAAUGUGGUGCUUGCAUCUUCUCCAACGCAGAGGAACAGAGCUCAAAACAGGGGAUGGGUAUUUACUUUCCUACUCUUGACUGUACCAGGGGAGCUGCUGCUGGAUAUGGGAUUGUUUGCAGGAAGUGA